AGAGUACAUGGGAAUACCCUCCAAAAUUAAAGGCUGCCCAAUACAAAAUCAAGCUCCAUUGAAAAAAUGCAAGCAUAUCUUCUCAUACCCAUCGCCAUUUUCAUCCUCCUGAGCUCAACCGGCCACGCCACUGCAGCUCUGGUGAAGUCCGACAAAGCCCUGCAGAAGCAAUUCCUCGGCCCUCACAAUGCGGCUAGAUACGCCCUCCGGUUGGCUCCAUUAGUUUGGGACACCAAAUUGGCUCGCUACGCACAGUCAUACGCCAACAAGCGGCGGGGGGAUUGCGCUCUCCGACACUCCAACGGGCCGUACGGUGAAAACAUUUUCUGGGGGAGUGGCAAUGCGUGGUCUCCGGCACAGGCCGUGGCUGAUUGGGUGUCGGAGCGGAAAUGGUACAGCUAUUGGUCAAAUUCUUGCGUGGAAGGUGAACUGUGCGGCCAUUAUACGCAAAUAGUGUGGCGGUCCACUCGGCGGAUUGGGUGCGCUAGAGUCACUUGCAAGCAGGGUAAAGGCGUCUUCAUCACUUGCAACUAUGAUCCUCCUGGUAAUUACAUUGGGGAGAGACCUUAUUAAAAUUUACCUCACCUCCCCAUUUUGUUGUCAUCGGAGUUUGGAGAGUGUAUAUUUAAAUCAAAAUUUGUUUGUAAAAGUUUAUGUGGUUCUGUGUCUCUGAAAUUCACAUGUAAUUGAUUGAUUUUAUGUGCUGUACCCAAUACCUGUAUCCCUAUAAUAUAUAUAUAUAUAUUUUUUCAUACCCCCUCCAAAUAAAGCUUACAUUAAAUAUUUA